AUGGCAGACACCGAGGGGCCAGCCGAUGUGUCGUUGUCUGCGCCGAUACCUCACAAAAUAGAAGCAAGGAAAUUUCAGCAGGUAAAGCAAAAGGUCACAGAAGAGCAAACGCAAGGAGAAGAAACUGAAAAUUUGUUAAAUCGGCACAGCUGGACGUUCGAAAGUUCUCAUAAGAGUGGUGAUGAAGAGGAUGACGGCUGGAUGCUAGCUGCACGUCGAUAUGCAAACGAAAUCUCACAAGAAUUAACAAAAGAUGAUGAGGCAGAUGUAGAAGCCAGUGUUCGUGAGGCUUUGCGGCUAUUGGAGGACUCUGGAGAGGGUGAGGACGACGAGAGCGGAGAUGACCAGUGUAGUAGGAAUGAAAAAGCUCCUGUCGGCUACUUGGACUUUGUGCAGGAAGUAAUGGAAGAAAGAUGGACAUUGGAGGAUAGAGUGGGACAGCUUGGUCAUUGGAAAACAACUAUGGAGCAAGUGAACACAGACGUAGAGGACGCGGAGGAGCACGCAGAAAAAGAACACGAGAUUGUCAAUGAGAACAGCAUGGAGAAUAAAGAAUCUGCGGAAGAACAGACAGAUGAAUGGCUGGAAGCCUACACGGCUAAAGGUCGAGUGUACUACUAUAAUCGACGUUCACGCGAAUCGUCUUGGAAAAAGCCGUGUCAAUUUGAUUCCAGUAUAAGUGAAGCGCAGCGUAUCGUUAGUUUUACCGACGAAAAUGUGAAUGUUCAACGCUCUGUAUUGAGUCAAAGUUUGGGCUAUCACCCGUCAGCUUCACUUUCACUUCCGCCAGUUUCGACAAUCGAGCGCUCGGCAAUCUUGUACUGCAAUUUUUGUGGUGAACAGCAACCUGUGGAUCAAUUCGCUGAACAUUUCCAUGAAUGCGCGUCGGUACAGUUUCACAAACGACGGAUGUCUCCUUUGUAUCGAAGCUUUGAGCGUGCAAUCGGUAUAAUGUCCGAAGAUUCAACGUUACGUUCGCUUCACUACGCUUCGUCAUUCCCCGAUCCUAAACCGCAUAUAAGACCGGAAGCUACGACGAUGCAAGAUAGCUUGUUGCUGCUACGACCACGGCGUGUGCGAGACCCCAAUUCUACCGAUAAUAGACCAGUGAACCAACAAAGUAAUCACUUGAAAACCCAAGGAGCAGCAGAAAACGCUGUAGACCAAAAAGCAAAAAGAAAGGCUAUAAUGUACCCAUCACGCCACACCAACGACUCAAAAUCAGCCAAAGAAUGGAAACAAAAUAUGUCUAAACGAACGACAUUUCAAGCUACAAACAGUGCAAAUUUAGAAAGCCCUACUCCUUACAAUAUGGAGACGUGUCGGUAUUGCAACCGAAGUUUUGCUGAAGGUCGUCUCGCUAAACACGAGGCUGUUUGUCCCCGUGUCUUUGGUAACGAAGGCUCUUGGGGACGGGGUACACCGUCGAGCUUGUCCUCCCCAUUAAAGUCAAGGGGCGCACGAGUCACACCGUCGCUGAAUUCAACAGGCUCAACGACAUCUAAGUUACACAAGAUGAAAGAUCACACGCUACAACAAAGCUUUAAAGAACAUCAAGCCACUCUCGUGCUUUGUCCAUGCUGUCACCGAAAGUUUGCACCUUCGGGUGCCCAGCAGCACAUUGCAAUCUGCAAAGGAGUACAAAAUCGCCCUAAAAACCCUAUCUCAAUGCUUCGAGACUACGCAAUCGCAGGGUAG